AUGAGUGAUUUCAAGUAGCGAGAUAAAAUCUCUGCUCAAUAGUAAUAGUAGUAUGAUUAAGACGAAUAGCUUUCCAGUUAGAAUGAUCAUUAGCAGGAUAGUCAAACCAACGAUGAAGAAAAUGACGAGAAAAUGUUUAGUUUCAGAUAAGGCUAAAACAUGAAACAAUAUAUAGAAGAAGAAGAUAAUAAUGAUGACUAGGUCUAAUAAAAAAAACAAAAUAAUAUUCAAGUUGACAAUAAAAAGCAAAAGAAAUAGAGUUAAAAUGUUAGUUAAAACUCAAUCACGCCUGUCAAAAAGAACCUUUAAAUACAGAUCGAGGAUAGCACAGAAGAGAAAAGGUCAUAAAAACAUAUGCAGCAUUAAGAUGAAGACGAAGAUUAGAAUGAUUCAUAAGGAGAUGAUGAUGAAGAGGAUGAUGAAGAAGAAGAUGACAAUGAAGCAGAGGAUGAUGAUGAAUAAUCUGAUGAGGAAGAUAGCGAUCAAAAUCACAUGCAAGUGAUCUAAGCUAAGAACAACGAGGGUCCUCAUAACUCUCGAGGAGGAGACGACACUAGGAAAUUUAGGGACAAUCAGCAGUAAUACAAAAUAACACCAGAUUAAGCAGCUUAAAUGUCAUUUGACAGACGUGCUGCACAAUAACAAUAAAUGAUGUUACAACAACAAUAAUAAUAGCAACAAUAGCAGUAAUAAUAGUUAAUGAUGAUGUAAUAGAGUUUUAAUAAAAGCUAGCAGUUAGCUUAGCAGUAAGAAAUCAACGAUCAACUUUUGCAAAGAUAGAUGAGAGAAGUUGAAUCACUAAUAGAAGAAUCAAAGAAAGCAAUUGCUGAUAACUCCAGCGAAAACUCCGACUAAGAUGGAGAAGAUUAUGACUCUGAUGCUCAAAAUAAUGGUUAAAGCAAAAAGAAAAAUAAGGUCAAGAUUAAUAAUGCUAAGAAAAAAGGAGAUGAGAGUGUUGAGAAUUCAGAUGAAUAGAACGAUGAUAGUGUAGAUGGAGAGGAGGGUCAGUCAAACGAAGAUGAAGAUGACGCUGAUGAUAGUGAUCUCGAAGAAUCAGAAAAAUAAAGAAGACAAAGAGCCAGGGAAAGAGUAAGAGCUCAAAUGCCAACUAGAAGGAAAAAGAAGUUUGAGGUGAAUUAUACAGUUGGCAGAAUAGAAGAUGGAAAUGCAAUAUUACUUUCCUCAGAACACAAUAUUCUCGAUGUUCCGUUAAUGCUUCUUCCCAAAAAUAUCAAACCUGGAAACAUUUUGAAAUUUAGAGUUGAAAGAAAUUUAGAUCUCGAAAGAAAAAGAGAGGCUGAAAUUUUAUCAAUACAGAAGUAAAUCCUAGAAGAUCCAAAUUUCUUUGCAAAUAUUUGA